AUCAGAUGAGAUGGAGAUCAGCAAUAUGAGAAUCGGAGUGAAAAUGUUGGUGUUGUCUUCACUAUAUUUACACGCAUUAUUGAUGGGGUUUGUUAUAGCUGAUUCAGCCAAGGACAAAGAAGAGUGCACGAAUGAGCUGGUAGGACUGGCGACUUGUCUUCCCUAUGUUGGAGGUGAAGCCAAGUCUCCAACACCCGACUGUUGCAGCGGUCUGAAACAAGUCCUCAAGAACAGCAGUAAGUGCUUGUGUCUGAUUAUCAAAGAUAAAAACGAUCCAGAUCUUGGACUUAACAUCAAUGUCACACUUGCUCUGUCUCUGCCUUCUGUUUGCAAUACAGCAGCCAAUAUUUCCAAGUGCCCAGAACUUUUACACUUGGAUCCGAAUUCCCCAGAAGCUCAAGUUUUCUAUCAAUUUGGAAAGAGUGGCGGGCGUGACAGCGCAAGUGGUAGCCCUGUUCCCAGUCCUAGCGGUAACCCCAGUAGCGAGGGGACAGGGGCACUCGAGAACGGUGAUGGGUGGAGCGGACCAAAGAGAUGGUUGGGGUUGGAGAUGGUCACCGAAGGGGGUCUGAUUUGGUAUUUCAUGGCUUCCCACUUGUCACUGUAAUAAUAAAUAUAUUCCGUUGUGUUUUGGCAUUUGGAAUGUAAUGGUUAUGGGAUGAUGUUCACCAUUCAUUUCACUAGACUUUAUCGCCCUGAAUGAAUAAUGAAAAUAUUUUAUAUUA